UCCGAAAUUUAGUCUGGCGGGAACAAAAUGUCCACUCUCAACUGAUACCCGCCAAUUCAACCCUACAAAUUCGAAAGCACUUUCCCACUAACCCCUCCGACGGCUAUAUAAACCGACCAGACCGACCGACCGAACAGAUUUGCCCACCAUUGCUGUCCUCUAAAAAAAACCAGGCCUUAACCCUAACCCUAGCUCUCGAAGAAGUCAAGAAAAAUGCUCGAACUCCGGCUAGUCCAGGGUUCGCUCCUGAAGAAAGUUAUGGAGGCCAUCAAGGACCUGGUGAAUGAUGCCAACUUCGACUGCUCUGCUACCGGGUUCUCGCUCCAGGCCAUGGACUCGAGCCACGUCGCGCUGGUGUCUCUGCUCCUUAGAUCCGAGGGCUUCGAGCACUACCGCUGCGACCGCAACAUCUCCAUGGGCAUGAACCUCAACAACAUGUCCAAGAUGCUCAAGUGCGCUGGCAACGAUGACAUCAUCACCAUCAAGGCCGACGAUGGCAGCGACACCGUCACCUUCAUGUUUGAGAGCCCUACUCAAGACAAAAUUUCUGAUUUUGAAAUGAAACUGAUGGACAUCGAUAGUGAGCAUCUUGGAAUUCCAGAGGCAGAAUACCAUGCUAUUGUUAGAAUGCCUUCAGCCGAGUUUGCUAGGAUUUGCAAAGAUCUCAGCAGCAUUGGUGAUACUGUUGUCAUCUCUGUGAGUAAGGAAGGUGUGAAGUUCUCCACAAGAGGUGAUAUUGGAACUGCAAACAUUGUUUGCAGGCAAAACACCACAGUAGACAAGCCAGAAGAAGCAACGAUCAUUGAGAUGAAUGAGCCAGUAUCAUUGACAUUUGCGCUGAGAUACAUGAAUUCCUUUACAAAGGGAACACCUUUAUCGAACAUGGUUACAAUUAGCUUGUCUUCAGAGCUGCCUGUCGUGGUUGAAUACAAGAUUGCAGAGAUGGGCUACAUUAGGUUCUACUUGGCUCCUAAGAUAGAAGAGGAUGAAGACGAGACGAGGCCUCAAGCUUAGGUGCUACGCUUUUGCCCGCAACUCAAUUGUUGUGUUUUAAAACCCAUUUUGAGGAUGUUUGUUAUGCAUUCUCAUCUUGGCUAUUUUUUAAUCUUUGUGGGCAAUCUAUUUGUUCUUUAGAGGAAUUCUAAAUAUGUUAAGUGAUGGAGUCUGUUCUUGUUUUAUGAACUUUUUUGUCAAAUCGCUGGUGGGCUCUAUAAUCACAAGAUUAAUGUUAUACACAGUUAGUUGUGAA